AGGAAGGCCCGCCCCUUCUCACUCCCCCCUGGGCUCGCCGCCGAUUUUCGGACAGAGAGAUUUUGACGGGGGGCUCAGCUUUCUGAGCCAGCGCACGCUGACAAAAUGUGAGAAGCAUACCCACCUGCAACAAAGAGAGUGCUCGCCGCUGUCGAAGAGGUCAUCGCUGCCUUGUCUGUGGGCCUGGUUCGCUGCGUGGCUUCGUUUCCCCACGGCAGGUGAACGGCGCCAUCGCUAGCUAUUCUUGCCAGGUGCUCCGUGUAGCAUGCAUGGCCGAGGGGGGAUGCGGCGAGUCUCAGGUGCCCAGACUUUGGGAGUUGCCAGGGGUUCGGAAACUGAUCUCCUAUCUGGAUGUUUCGAGGAGGGCUGGGAGCGCUCCGUACGGUUACCCUGCGCAUGACGUGGGAUCUGUAGGAUGGGAUAUGUGUGUAUGUCUAUAUGGCAGGUAGUUGUCGGUAGCGUGUCAGGUUUGAUGGGGAAAGGGGGGGCCUCAAGCGCAGUUGUGUCUCUCGAGCAGCAGCGCCGGGUGCAGGGGGCAUGGCCUUCGAGGUCGGCGCCGUGUCCUGCGUUCGCCUGGUCGGCGGCGAAGGCCCGAGGCGCCAGGCGUUGUGCGUCGGGGAGGUGGUCGCAGAGCUCCACGACCAGCGCGUGACGCUGGCAAUGCCGGCGCUGGCGGCUCGAGGCGUCGGGACAGCGUCGCUCGAGACAACGAUCGACGACCUAGAGGGAGCCCCGACGGCGGUCGGCUUCGUGAUAGCGUUGAAGCGCAAGCUGCGCGAUUCAGUGCCAGAGUCAUGGGAAGACGACUACAUGCACUUCGGGUCGAAGCUGUUUGGCCCUGCGAUGCUCGCGUCGGGUGUCGCGGCGGCGGGCGGCGGGUACCACGCGUCGACCGAGGACGCAGAGGUGCCGCCGCAGCCGCACGCGGGAGCCCGCGAGCCUCGGCCGGGCGAGGGCGUCUCGGUGGGCGCGGUGAGUGCCGGGGCCAGCCUGCCAGGGCUCGAGCGGCUGAUCGCGCAGGCAGCGCGUCGGCUCCAGCAGCAGACAGCCCAGGGCGGCGUGGCCGAGGAGGUAGGCUCGUCCGACUCCGAGGCCGAGGCCCCGCCGCCCCCCGCGCAGCCGGCGAGGGCGAGGCGCUCGGCUCGGCGCCGCCAGCUGUCCGACAGCGAGUCGGAGGCACGCCUGCUAACUGGGGCCCCUGGCCGCUGGUGCACAAUUCCGGGGCGUCUCUUGGGGCCAUCUUGGGCCCCUCCCCCUUGGCCGCAUUGGGGCCUUCAGGGUGCCUUCUCGGGUGCUUCUCAGGGCCUUCGAAGGCCCGCUGGACUCCCAGGGGGGCCCGGGGCGGCCGCGCGAGGGGCUCAAAAUGGCCCCGAAGAGGGACCCGGGAGUCAUGUGCCAAUUGGGGGCCCGCUGGCCCAUACUUCCUGGGCUUGUCUCGGGGCCAUGUUGGGCCGCUCCUGAAGCCGCCUCG